GUAUCAGAGCUAAUGUUGUAGCAAUCUAUGAACCACCCCAAGAAAGUUCCCGUGAUUCUGUUCGUCUCCUUACAGACGAAAAAGAAGAGGUUGUGGAUCAAAUAGCUGAAUCUCUCGGAUUAAGGCGAGUUGGGUGGAUUUUCACUGACCUUCUACCUGAAGAUAUUCAAAAAGGUACUGUCAGACAUACAAGAAACAUCGAAAGUCAUUUUUUGUCUGCUCAGGAAUGCAUAAUGGCUGGCUACUAUCAAAAUAUGUAUCCCAACUCUUGCAGAUAUGCCUCUAAAGGAACAUUUGGAUCCAAAUUUGUUACCGUUUGUGUAACUGGUGAUGCAAAAAAUCAGGUCCAUAUGGAGGGCUACCAAGUUUCCAAUCAGUGCAUGGCUUUGGUAAGAGAUAAUUGCCUGAUUCCAACAAAAGAUUGUCCAGAGUUAGGCUACGUUAGGGAAUCAACUGACAAGCAGUAUGUUCCUGAUGUUUACUAUAAGGAGAAAGAUUCAUAUGGUAAUGAGGUAUCCCGUCUGGCUCGUCCACUUCCUGUGGAAUACCUUCUGGUAGAUGUUCCUGCCUCUACACCUGUUACUCCACAGUAUACCUUCAACAGCGAUCCUACGAAACAACCGUUCCCUGUAGAAAACCGACUGGUAGAAGGUCACAUUCAGGACUUCAAUGCCUUAUCGACUUACCUGUCACAGUUUGCUUUCAAUGAAUUUUACACUGCCAUCAGCGAUUUUCAUCUUAUCUUGUAUAUAUCUACCAUGGAGAUGUUGCCUAUGCAAGAGUUCAUGGGACCCCUUCUAGAAGCAUUAAAAAACAAAGAUAAAGAUGCUGCCGUGGAAUGGUCCAAGUCAGAACAUUGGGCUACACUCGAACAACUCAUUGCCGCAAGCUCUCCACCUCCAUCAAGACCUGGAAGUGUGGCUUCUGGCAGUGUGACUACAUCAGCUGGCACUUCAUCUGGACCAAAGUGGACCUGUCCAUUUUGCACUUUUCUUAACAACGCUGAAAAUCCCAACUGUGAAAUGUGCAACCUGCCGAGGUCCAGCGGAUCCCAUUAAGAUGAGCAGAAAAGAAGUGGAUUACAUGUGAUGGAAAGUUGGUUUUUGUUUU